AUGUCGAAUAAACCUACUGCUUUGGUUAUUAAUGGAGAUUUGACGAAUUUCGGCCACUCCCAUCAACUGGAUGAGUUUAAGGUUCAUGGACAGAAGCACCACAAAAAAUUAUUCGAUAAUGAUAGUUUAUUCACUGCUAAUAUUUAACAAUGGAAAACAUAUUAUCAAAAAUGACUAAUUUUUUUUAACAGAAAGGAUGGUUGUCAGAGUUCCCAGUUCACGUGCUGCUUGGGUUAGGAAACCACGAUAUCCAGAACAACAUCAACGAUUGCGCUUUGAACUUUUGCGCUCAUUCCAUGAUCGCUUGGUUAUUUUUAACUAUUUUGAAACUAUGAGGGUUGCCAGUUAGAAAUUGAGCGCUGCUGUCGGGAGUUUGUUUUUUUUUACACACGAUAAUAUUAGAUACAGUAGCGGAAACGGUUGAGUACGUGAGGUUUUUCAUUCAGACUUUGUUGAAACUUUUGUUUUGAUCUGAAAUUCCAAAGAAGCAAAUCGAAGAAGUUUAUAAGAUUCCAAUGAGCGUUUCUGACAAGUUUUUCGAGUCAAUGCCCCGGAGAUGCAAGGCUUUUAUCAAAUCCAAGUUCUAUGCUACGACGUAUUGGAUUUGUUGUACUUGAUUUUUGAAUGUCAUUUAUACCGAAAAACACUCUACUACUGUAGAUUCAAAAUAUUUUUACCAUUCGCAUUAAUGACUUGUUACCAAGAUCAUGCAAAAAAUAAAUGUAUUUCUCGAAAUAACCUUACCGCUUAAGACUGAAGAGGUUAGGGACCCAAAAAUUCAGAAAAGCUGUCAAUAAAACUGGCUGUGAAGAAACUUUUUAUAAAUUCAUUGAGGAUUUUACGACUGACAAAAAAGCGUUCAAAUGGAGUGCCUCAUUUCUAUGCUAAACCACGUGCUUGAACUGGUUUUCAUAGAGGUCAAACGCGAUAGUUUGACAAAAUAAAGAAACUCAAGCUCAACGCUCGUUUCUAACAAGCUACCUAAAAAGUUUGGUUUCACAGGUUUCUCGAUCACCUGGAUAAUCAGUUCAUAAAGGCCGACGUUUCUAGAAAUUCGUCGGGUUUAUUUGUUCGUUACACAGGAACGCUCGCUUAUUCCGUUGAAUUGUGCCAGCAAAAAGGUAAUGAGAUUUUUGGAACUUUCCGGUGAAAUGAAGAUUGUGGAACCGAAAAUCUUGUUCAAAUUUUUCUUCUUGUUUGAAGUUCUUUUUCGUAAGUCAACAACUGUUGCUUUUUUUAUUCAAAAGCUCCAAAUUCCAGGUUAAAUAGUAUAAGUUCUAUUUAAGAUUCAUUUUUGAUCCUUUUCUUUCUUGCUUCAACCUCUCCACAGAUACUGCAGACCUUUGUGCUCACCUGAUCCAAUUGAACAAUGCCCUGGACUACGGCGUGAAAUUUUCUGCUCUUUUCGUGGAAUGGGAUCUUCAUUCACCAUUAUUUUACUUGAAAAUGAAACUAAAAGAAGCAGAAGUCAGUGUUAAAAAACAGCAAAAAAAAGAUUAUUGACGGGAAAUUUCAGACGGACAAUAAUCCAGUUUUAAUAAAUUUGCAUCAAUGUCAAUGGAUAGAUGAAGAAGUGAUGUUGGAGGUUAUCGGAAACUGGCAAGUUUUUUGAUAAAAAAUCUCGAUUCAUUUUUUUUGAGGAUCUAUCAAAACAAGUUGAUGAACCGGACCAAACAUGUCAUCGUCUUGAGAGCACACGUUCACUCUUACCACAAAGUUGAUUUUUUCUGCCUACAUAAUAUUGAAGUACCGUUUGUCUACAUUGGGAGCGUACCAAACAACAGGUAACUGCUAGAUAGGCAGCCGAUUUGGAAAAUUUAGUUUCUAUCUUAUUAUUUAUUACAAAAUCAAAUGUUUUGCUCAAGACAGUAUAAUAUGGAAAGUGAAAAGUAAAAUUAUUUUUUCUUUCAGGUUUUCGAUGUUGCGAAUUUCUGGGACGCCUGGUUUUAAGUCGUACCUCAUGGGCUUCAAGGCCACCGACAGAGUGAUGCACAAAGGACACGUCGUUGAAUUUCUUGACGGUCUGCCGAUUUGGGACUCCUGCAACGUCAAAAAUCCCUCAUACUCUUUUGAGUUCACGGACGUCGCCACUCUUCAACGGCGUGAAUGGAUUGAAAAAAACAAAAAAAAGACAUUUUUCAAUUUUUUGUAAAUUUCCUGGAUAAUAAAUACAAUGUUGUUUGUGAUGUUUAACAUCGUAGUCGCAAAAGAGGGUUUAAAGUAAAAAUGUUCGAAUUUUAUUCCAAGAAAAUAAAAAAUAAAUCGAAAAAGAAAAUGAAUUUUGUUAAGAGUUUGAAGCGAAAACAUUCUUUCUCUUAUAUCCUAGAGAUCUUCUUCCCAGUGAAAAAAAAAACUUUAAUUUGGAGGGAUGCACUACAAAUGCAAAACUCUUGGCUUGAGCUCUGACUUAUGAUUUUUUUUUUGGUCUGAAUGAUUAAAAACGUCAAGGAGAUUAUCUCUGAGAGUCUCUAAUUUUUUUCGCUUAGCACAAUUGAAAUGUCAACUAAAUGACCUAACUCUAGGUAUCGGGAAAUUUUAUCGCUUAGUGCUGACAAUAUUAGGAUUGGGCUUAGGCUUAGGCUUAGGCUUAGGCUUAGGCUUAGGCUUAGGCUUGAGGCUUAGGCUUAGGCUUGGGCUUUAGGCUUAGGCUUGGGCUUAGGCUUGGGCUUGGGCUUGGGCUUGGGCAGGCUUAGGCUUAGGCUUGGGCUUAGGCCCUAGGCUUAGGCUUUAGGCAGGCUUAGGCUUAGGGCUUGGGCUUGGGCUUAGGCUAGGCUUGGGCUUAGGCUUGGGCUUGGGCGGGCUUAGGCUUGGGCUGGGCUUGGGCUAGGCUUAGGGCUUGGGCAAGGCUUGGGCUUGCGCAGGCAGGCUUGGGCAGGCUUGGGCUUGGGCUUGGCAAGGCCUAGGCUCGAAGCCUAAGCUAGCCAAGCCUAGCUAAAGCUAAGCCUAAGCUAAGCAAGCCUAAGCUAAAGCUAAGCCAAGCAAGCCUAAAGCUAAGCCUAAGCCCAAGCAAGCCUAAACUAAGCCUAAAGCCUAAGCAAGCCUAAGCUAAGCUAAGCCCUAAGCCCUAAGCCUAAGCCUAAGCCUAAGCCUAAGCCCUAAGCCUAAGCCUAAGCCUAAGCCCUAAACCUAAGCCCUAAAGCCUAAGCCUAAGCCCUAAGCCUAAGCCUAAGCCUAAGCCUAAGCCCAAUCCUAAUGUUGUCAGCACUAAGCGAUGGAAAUUUCCGAUACCUGGGGUUGGGUCAUUUGGUUGACAUUUCAGGAUCGUAGCUAAGCAGAUUAGAACUCUGAAGAUCUCUCGCGACGUUCCUGGCAUUCGGACAAAAUCGCCAUGAAGUCGGAAACUCAAGCAGAUACAUCGCAAGUCGUUUUCACUGAAGGCUGUUUUCAGGAUCAGCAACGCCAUGUUUCGCUCGAUAAUUCGUUUUUCUUUCGACCCGACACGACAACUGGAGCAAAAGAACCGAACAUUUUACUGAAACUCCCUGGCUGCGACUACGUGCAAGCAUCACAAGCUGUGAUAUUAUCCGGGAAGAUUUCACAAAGUAUUGAAAAUCUUUGUUUUCAAUCCCGUCACCGUUGAGAAGGUGGCGUCAGCAGGUAAAAUGACGCAUAGCGAACUCGAAGACAACGACGUCUCAAUCGACGACGCAGUACGACUUAAGCUCCGUCCCAACAUCGAAAAACACGAAAAAAAUAUUACUUUUCGCACCUCUCCGCAAUGUGGCUAAAAACAUUUAACAAUAAAUGAAAACUAAGACCUCAAUCGCUGCCUAUCAACAGUUACCUGUUGUUUAUUGCAGCCUCCCAAUACUUCAGCCAGGCAGAAAAAUCGGCUGAAAUGCUCAGCGAUGGUCCUCAAAAAACAGUCGGGAGAACAUCAGCUGCCGGUUCAACCUCAACAUCGCUUCUUCAUCUAUCCGAUGUUUUGAUGAUAAAUUUAACAAGCAGAUGAUGACCGUUCUUCCGUCAUCUUUUGCUGUUUUUCUUUGCGACUAAAUAUGAGGCGGGCGAUCCCUUCAGCGCCGCUGGUCCAGCGUGUUGGUCAGGUACAAGAUCUGCGUAUCUGACGGAGAGGACGGCUGAAAAAGGAUCCAUGAACGCCAACCUGGGUGGCAGACAAAAAGCAACGGUGUUGACUUUACGAAACUUCAAACAAACCUCGAUUUCUGUCUUUCGACUGCGGAAGUUCAAAAUCUCAUUACCGCUGGCACUGCGAGCGUUCAAUGUGACGAACAACCCGACGAUUCGAGCGUCGACAUGAACUGGGUGAUCGAAAACGAGCAAACUUUUGGAAACAGCUGUUAAGCGAGCGGAUGACAGUUCUUGUUACUAUCAAACUAACGUUUAUUCUGAAACAGUUCAACCGUCGUUAUAUAAAUGAACGCGACAAUUGCUGUCGGUCGUAAAAUCUGUGGUAUAAAAAUUUCUUCUGGCCGAUUUGAUGACGGCACGAACGCCUCUUCGAUCAAGCGACAGGUAUUUCGAAAAUACAUUUAUUUUGCAUGAUCGUGUGCGAAUGGUAAAAAAAUAUUUUGAAUCUACAAUCAGAAUGUUUUCCUGUUCAUUCAAAAGCCAGCCACAACUAAAUCCAAUACGUCAACAUAGAAACAGUUGAUAAAACUGGAACGACUCGAAAAAGCUCGUGAAUAUAUAAACUUCUUCAUUUACUUCUUUUGAAAUUUCGAAUCGAAAAACAAGGACAACAAAGUCUGAAUAAACUCCGCUACUGUAUUAUCGUGUAAAACAACUCCCGGCUGGCAACAUGCCAGCUGGCAAUUCAAAAUAGUUAAAAAUAACAGCGAUCGUAAAUAACGCAAAGAUAAGCAAUCGUUGAUAACGACGUGUUGCGCAGCACGUGGCUUCAGGCAUCGCUCUGUUAAAAAAAAACAGUCAUUUGACCUGUUUCCGAUUGUUAUGGCGGUGAAUAAAUAUCGUUAUCGAAUACUGUGAUUGCUCUGUCGGGCUUAAACUCAUCCGGUGAUGAAGUGACCGAAAAUCUCUCAAAAUCUCAUUAAUAGCAAACAGCCAGGUUGACAUACGAAACCAACAAUCCAAAGCCUGAAAGAAGUCAUUAACGACCAUCAUUCAGCCAGAAAUUCAAACCCGCUCUUGAACUCGGUGGCGAAAACCGGCAAUUACCGCAGGUGGUCCUCAGGACAGCCAUCGAUAAAUCGGGACUAUCUUUCUUUGCUGUUUUGGCGCUGUGCGGACGCGGCAAUGUUCGCUAUGUUUUCGCAAACGCCAUCUGCCACGACCGUUUUACGGAAGUGUUUUCUUGAUAACCGUCCGGUAUUACUUCGUAUUCACGGUCAAUGAGCCGGUUAUUCGCAAAUAUUCAUGUUAGUUGACAUUUCAUUCUAUCAGGUGGCUAUCUGUGAACAACAGCGAAGGUUAUGGCGUGCCCUCUGUUGCAAUAGCCGGCACAAAGCUGUAUAGGCGACUAUGGAAUUCAAAAAAACUUGAAAUUCACACUACUAACAACGCCAAAUGGAUCUUUACUUUCGAAAAAAGCAUCACUGGAAUCAUGUGCGCCACCGUAGGUCGACAAGCAGGCGUCUAAGCCAGGCGGUAAACGACCAAACACCAGUGGUGCAGUGAAGACCGGCACUGUGGUGACAGUCGGCUCAGGGAACUCGAUCGAAGAAAAAAACGCCAAAUAUCGGCGUGUGCGGGCCAAUGUUUCAGAAGACAAAACUCUGCUGGACGCCAUCGCUGACCAGCAAUCACUCAUUUGCUGGCACCUUCAACAUUCUUGA